AAUCACACAUGAGAGAUAGUCACAUCAAAACUAACAAUCUCUCUCUCUCUUUCCUAUAAGUUUGAAUGGCGAUUUAAGAGACCCGUAGUUCUCUGAUCAUCCUCCGGUUUACACUCUCAUCAAAACACAAACACAACGCUUAUCUCUCUCACUCUCUUUACUCAUUCUUCUCAUUUGGAUAAGAUCUCUCUCUUUCUCUCCCUCCUUUUCAGCAGAUUCAAUCCAAACCCUAACCUCUUUGAUUCCGAUCUUUAGAGAAUAUUUCUCUUCAAAAAAUCCAUUAUAAAUACUUUUACUUAACUAAAACUUUUUUUUUUACCAUCUCUCUUUUUUUUUUUACUUACUCCAUAUGCCAUCAAUGUCAAAUUGUUCUUUCUGUCCUUUGUUCUUAAUUAGUGUCACCACCACCACCACUACUUCUAUACUACAAACCCUUCUCGUAUUCUCUUAACCAAUACGUACUUAUUACACCAAAAGUCUCUUUCUCUCUAUAUAUAUAUAGAUAACAGCCAAGAGAGAGAACCAAGAAGAAGUUAUUUUCUUGAUGGAUUUCUGUUGGAAGAGAGAGAUGGAAGGUAAACUAGCACAUGACCACCGCGGCAUGACGUCACCGCGUCGUAUCUGCGUCGUCACCGGUCCGGUGAUCGUAGGCGCCGGACCGUCGGGACUAGCCACGGCAGCAUGUUUAAAAGAGAGAGGUAUCACGUCCGUACUACUAGAGAGAUCAAACUGUAUAGCAUCACUAUGGCAGCUCAAGACUUAUGACCGUCUUCAUCUUCACCUUCCUAAACAAUUCUGUGAACUUCCGAUUAUACCCUUCCCCGGAGAUUUCCCUACCUACCCGACGAAGCAACAGUUCAUCGAGUACCUUGAGGACUACGCUCGGAGGUUUGACAUAAAGCCGGAGUUUAACCAAACGGUUGAGUCGGCUGCGUUUGAUGAAAACCUUGGGAUGUGGCGCGUGACUAGCGUGGGAGAAGAAGGCACGACGGAGUAUGUUUGUCGGUGGUUAGUGGCGGCGACGGGGGAGAAUGCGGAGCCGGUGGUACCUAGGUUUGAGGGGAUGGAUAAGUUUGCAGCCGCCGGGGUAGUUAAGCACACGUGUCAUUAUAAAACCGGUGGAGAUUUCGCCGGAAAAAGGGUUCUUGUCGUCGGAUGUGGAAACUCCGGUAUGGAGGUUUGUUUGGAUCUCUGCAACUUCGGUGCUCAGCCUUCUCUCGUUGUCAGAGACGCUGUGCACGUCCUACCACGAGAGAUGUUGGGUACUUCAACUUUUGGGCUGUCCAUGUUCUUACUGAAAUGGCUGCCCAUCCGGCUUGUUGACCGUUUCCUUUUGGUUGUUUCCCGGUUCAUCCUCGGGGAUACUACCCUUUUAGGUCUUAACAGGCCCCGGUUAGGUCCACUCGAGCUCAAAAAUAUCUCCGGUAAAACUCCGGUUCUCGACGUUGGCACGCUAGCCAAAAUCAAAACCGGAGACAUUAAGGUGUGUUCGGGGAUAAGAAGGUUAAAACGACAUGAAGUUGAGUUCGAUAACGGAAAAACAGAGAGAUUUGACGCCAUUAUAUUAGCAACUGGCUACAAAAGCAACGUACCCUCUUGGCUAAAGGAGAAUAAAAUGUUUAGUAAGAAAGAUGGAUUUCCAAUACAAGAGUUCCCUGAGGGAUGGAGAGGGGAAUGUGGGCUAUACGCGGUCGGAUUCACAAAACGUGGGAUUAGUGGAGCAUCAAUGGAUGCAAAGAGAAUAGCUGAAGACAUACACAAGUGUUGGAAACAAGACGAGCAAGUAAAAAAAAUCUGAAUCAAAACUUAUUGACUAGACAGUAGAGAAAAGCUAAGGUUUUCUAUCAAGAAAACAUAACUUGCCAAAUGCCGGUAGCGAUCGAAAAAAAAUUGAUGGUUUUGUUUCAAAGGAGGUGAUGUAAAUUAAGACUUAUCUCCAGCUGCAAUGCAAAUUGGGGAAAAGAAUGAAAAGGAAAUUUAGUGAGAGUGAUUGUGGUGGGAAUUGAUGAUCAUCUGCCCCAAAGGAGAGGAGGGGACCCUCUUCUCUUUGCAUGCUUAUAACCCACUUUGUAAAUCUUUCUAUACCUUCUUUCUAUGUUUCUAAUUUUUCUUUUUCUCUUUUCUUUCUUUUAUUUUUGUUUUUUUAGAUUUCCAUAGUUAGGUAUGCUCUUUGUUUUUCUUCUCUUUUUUGGUUCAAUUUUUUUUGGCAGAGUAUUGUGGUGAGGUUUUUUUUGUUUAUAUACAUAAUCUUUGUUUUAACUAAACUUACUUUUUUUUAACGGACAUAAGUAAUUGAAUAUGUGUCCUACCAAUGAGUGUGUCAAUGAAAUUUCGUUGUCGAAAUGAUUUCAUUCCCUAGUAGAAGUGUCAUAUAAAU